UGUGAAACUUAGCUACUUUUCUGACACUGAUUUUUAAUUCACCCUGGAUCGGUUUAUGAACGGAGCUGUUGGUCGGCCGUUGUUGAUGACGUCAGCGGCCGUGGUUGCUAUGGCGCCGACUGGCCCGGGAAACUUGUUUAGCGUUAGCAUUAGCAUUAGCAUUAGCUUCAGCUGAAAGCGGCGGGUUUGAAGCUCCAGGAUCGUGUGAGAUGUCUGUGGAGAUGGCAGACGUUCUCCUGAGCGAUGUGGAGCCCCUGCCUGUGUCCUCUCCUACGUCCCCCUCUCGUCCUCUCCCUCUCUCCUCCUCUUUUCCCUCUCUCACUCGCUCCUGGCCCUCCUCUCCCCUCUCCUCCUCUCGCCAGGUCACCGCUCGGCUCUACUCCUCUUUACAGCGCAGUAAAGAGCAGGAGCUCUACAGCACUGGCAGUUACACCGCCCGCCGUCCACUUGUCUCCGCUGACCACUCGGCCAAAGCCAGGCAGGUAUCCUUUAAGCCCUCCUCUCCGGAGCUCAGCUCUGUUGCCGUGGCGACAGCUGCCCGGUCCUUGAGCUCCGACAGGCUGAACGAGUCGCAGCAGGCCGACUUCAGUCUGGACGCAGGCUCCUCCCGUGACGUCGUCUCUGGAGCGGAGGAGACGGAGUCAGACGCAGAGCUGAUGACCGAAGAGAUGGACCUGAAGCUGCAGAGCAGCGUGAACAGCAGCGCUAAACUUUCGAGCGGCCGGCGGCAUAUUGAGGAGAUGGAGAACGUGAGGAGUCAUUUACAGACGAUGCUGAGAUCAGUACCCACAGCAACUGACACAGACGAGCUCCUGAGACCUGCACCACAACAUCAUCAGGACGACUCGUAUGAGAGUGACACCACCUCACACCUGCUCGGUGCGGCUCUCUCUCUCAGUGGUGUAGAGGAGCUGUUUCCACGGUAUUCCCGUCUCCGUGCCGACGUAAACCCCGCCCCGUUCCCCUCUGUGUCCGAGCUGCAGGUGAUCAGAGAGAGUCUGGAGAGAGAGAGAGCCAGACGUAAGCACUCUGAGCAGCAGGUGUUGGUCCUCCAGAAUAAAAUGUUAGCGCUGCAGCAGCAGUUAGCGCUGGCCGUGUCUGCUGACCGCAAGAAGGACAUCAUGAUCGAGCAGCUCGACAAGACGUUAGAGAAGGUGGUGGAGGGCUGGCGCCGGCACGAGCGAGAGAAGAGUGAGGGAGUGAGGCGGCUGCAGGAGGAGAAGGAGGCGGCGGAGAGUGUGCGGGACAAACACAGAGAGGCUCUGGCGAGCUUUGAGAAGAGUCUGUCAGAGGCAGCGGAGGCGCUGGAUAAGGAGCAGAAACGCAACGAGGAGCUGCAGAACCUCAACAAACAGCAGGAGCGGGAGCUGGCGGAGCUGCGGGUGUGUGUGGAGGAGCUGCGUGUCCGUGUGGAGGAGCGGCGGUCCGAGGCUGAAGAGCAGCGAGCCAAAUCGGAGAAACUCCAGACUCUCACCGUCACUCUGCAGACAGAGCUGGAUCAGCAGAACCAGCAGAGCCGACACUCGCUGUCUCAGCUACAGCAGGACAUCACACGCCUCACACAGCAGCUGGACACAGAGAGGGAGCGAGUGGGCCAGGAGGUGCAGCUCCGCGAGGAGGCCCAGUCCACAGUACGGCAGCUACAGCAGGAGCUGGAGGAGACCAGGAGAGAGAGAGACACGGCCAGGGUGGAUCGAGCACUGGACCAGGCUCGUUUCGAGGCUCAGCGCUCUCAGUGGGAGGUGGAGCUCAGACUGUGUGUGGAACAGCAGGUCACAGAGCGACUCGCAAAUAUCCAGCAGGAGAACAGCACAGCUACAGCUAAACUACGGGAACAGCACAGGAAGCAGUUGCUGGACCUGAGUGCUCGUCAUGAACGAGAGCUCUCAGCACAGAUGGAGGAGUUCAGAGUGCAGUUAGAGGAGAAAGACGAGAAGCAGCAGCAGCUCACGCUCCACUUCAACAACAAGAUGGCAGCACUGCAGGAAGAGUUGGUUUCUAUGGAAGCCUCUAAGAGGAGGCUGGAGACACAGAGGGAGGAGCUCGUGUCCCGCCUGCAGGGAAUGAUGCGCUCUCAUUGGACGGAGGCUCUGAGGCUGCUGAACAAUCAGGAGCAGGCUGAUGGGAUGUUUUCUCCCAUGUCUCUGUGGGACGGUUCUAAACCCCACUCUUCCCCUCAUGAUCCAGACAGCAGCAUCUGCAGCACAGCUAACACACUCGCUUCAGCUGCUCCUCAGGCUGUGGUUCUGCAUCUGUCCAGAGAGAGGGAGCGAGGGAUGAAGGGAGAGGAGGAGGUCAGAGUGGAGAGAGGAAGAGGAGAGAGUGAUUUCGGCCUGUUAGAUCACAGUCACGUGUUCCGUCCUCUGGAGCCGGUGCUGGACGACACUAACCUCACAGCUGUGGGAGGCAGUGAUUUGACCAGUCUCUGGGACAGGCCUGUAGGAGGAGAGAAACAGAGGGAAGGAGGGAGAGAAAGAAUAGAGGGAGGGAGAGAAAGAACAGAGAGAGAGGGCGGAAGGACGGGGCAUAAGAGGGGAAGCAGUAGAGACGGGAUCAACUGUAAGAAGUCAUGGAGAGAGUUCGGGUCAAACUCUGAAUCAGACUUCGAAUCAUUUCAGGAAUCAGGAUUCAUAUUCUGAUUCGAACCGCAUCAGGAGUCAGUUUGAACAGUGUGUGAACAGGCAAACGAAUCAGAAUCCAGAUCAGAGCGUCAGACUGAAUCAGGUACACACCUCCUCAGAGAGACUAACCAAUCAGAGCUACAGCUCAGAGAAGGGGGUGGGGAGAUGUGACGUAUCUGUAGAGAAGUAUAGCAGUGCAGGAAGUAAAGCUCUGCCCAUGAAAGAACAGUCCCUGUCAAUCAAAGAAAGAGCUCCUCCCACUGGGACCAGCGGUUCGUCUCUGGGUGAAGACCGACAGAAUGAACUGCAGUAUUACAUCUCAAAGCUGCUGGAUCGUUCUCCUGGUGAUCCUCUGGAGGAGCAGCCAGCGGAGCAGCGUGAAGCAGAAACACAGUCGGUUAACCCAGGCGUAAACUCUCAGUGGGACAGUUUCUCCUCUGGGCUGAGAGCUCCGGUGAAUUCCCUCCUCACUCGAGCACCAGCUCCUCCACAAGCCGUAAACCCUCCCUCCUCCACACACACAACC